UGUAGAUAAACCGAAGCAAAACAAACAGGACCAAACUGUUUUUAACUGUCUCAGACCAUAUCAUCAUCACACAUGACAUACACAGCUUGAAAGCUGAAACCUCCAAUGGCUACUUCUUCCAUCAACCCUGUACUUCCACUUUCCCCUUCACCAAAACAGACCAUUUUCUCUCCUACUCCAUUCAUGUCCUGCAAACCCAUCUCGGGUCCCAUGGCUUCUUUGCACAUUUCACAUUCAAUUCGGCCGCGUGGGCAAGUGGCAGUCUCAGUUGCCUUCAAUCCAUCUGGGAAUUUCGACCUCUCUUUGUAUGACGAAGAGGAUUCAACAAAAGCACCACCUCCAAUGCCGCCAACCGAAGGCCGAUUUGAUGUAGUUAUAGAUAAUGAUAUCAUUCGCCGUCUUGACUUAUCCCCAUUUCAAGCCACAACAGGAAUUACCUCACCAUUUUCUGCCGAGCCAAAAGAGUUUCUUGAACGUACAAUUGGCUUUACCAUCAAUUACACAAGAGAAGAUCCAAGUGAUCCUAGAGAAUUAUCAGAAUUUCCUGAUAUAAGACUCUGGUUUGUCAGACUUGAUGCUACUUAUCCAUGGCUACCUGUCUUGUUGGACUGGCGGGCUGGAGAACUAGCUCGUUAUGCAGCAAUGUUGGUCCCUCACCAGAUGAAUAUGAGAAUGGGUGUUGUUUUUAAUCCUGAGGCACUUGAACUGUUCAUCAUGAAGAAAGUUUUUAUUGCCUAUUCUUGGUUGAAGCAACAUAAUAUUCCAAAGCCUAGAUUGAAGACAAGUGACAUGGCCAAGAUGCUUGGAUUCACAAUUGGAGAUGAACUGUUCGAGUUGAUCGAUGAACACCCACUUUAUCCAUCAUAAACAAUGAAAGCCUGCAACUCCACUUGUACUUAACUUGACAUCCAAGUCUCAGGCAGGAUACAUACAAAAUAUAUUGUCCAAGACCCUGCAAAAUGAUACCGGGAGUGAUCAGCAUCUACAAGGAAAAGUCGUUGCCCGAUUCAGCAGAGCAGACGGGUAUCAUUUUCCUUCCAAGUGAUUUCAUUGAUUGAAUAUUGGGACUUCAACCUGCUGUACUAGCAAGAGUUUUGCAAGAUCUUGACAUUUUUGCUUAUGUUUCUCCAGAUGAAGCUCUUUCUGUAUUUCAACUUAAAUUUACAUUUCUGAUGCUAGACUUUUGUAUCCAAACUAACAAAAAAGAUAUAUUAGGUUGAGCUUUUCAGUGCAAAGCUCUUGAAAGA